GAAGACUUGGAGAAGAGCUAUUUAAAAGUUACCGAAUUUUUUCCGAAGCUCACACAUUUUCAAGAGAAUGCUUCUACUGAUAACCAGGGCUGUGGAAUCGAUGAAAGCAAAAUUGGGCAGAAAUUGUUAACUAAAAUGGGAUGGAAGAGAGGUAAAGGUUUAGGAAGAAAUGAAGAUGGUAUCACAGAGAAUAUAAAAGUCAAGUUCAAAGGUUCUAAUGCAGGUAUAGGUUGGAAAGACGAAUCCUUUCUUGGAGCUCAGAAUGAGGAAUUUGAUGCUGUUUUAGAAAAUUUAAAUAAAAAUUAUUUGUCAACUGGAAAAGAAUUAAGUAAAGAUUGUGAAGUGCGUUUAGUACAAAGAUGCAAGAAAUUUCGUGAAAGAUUCCACUACCGAAGAUUUGUUAAAGAAGAUAUUAGCAAAUAUUCUGAAAAAGAAAUGAAAGGCAUUUUUAUUGGUAUGAAGACUCAGGUGGAGGAAGAAGAGCCGUUGUGUGAAAAAUCAAGUACAUCAAAUUUACAAAAUACAAGCCUAGAGAAUAAUUCUUCAGAUCUGACCACAACAUAUAAUAGCAGCUCAAGUAUUGCAGAUUACUUUGCUCAAAAGAUGAAAAAGAAAGCAGGUAACUUCCUUACUUCUACUUCCAUUCAUUCAAAGGAACUGAAUUCAAAUUGCACUUGGCCCUUGCUUUCAAAUGAAAUUCAAGAAUCUAGUGAACUUAUUCAAGAGUCAUUACCUAAUGAUAUUGUAAUUAAAAAUGAGAAAAGAAAAAAAUCUCAAAAAAAUUCUAAAUUUAAAAAGCAUAAACUCAGUAAAAUUUCCAAGAGCUGCUUAAAAAGAGUAGCAUAUGGAAAUAAGACGCUAGUAAAAAUGAAGAAAAACGUGUCAUUUAAUAAUAUUAUUUCAUAUCAUGAAAUUCCUGUAGUUUCUGAUGAAGAUAGUGCAACUUCUAAUGAAGAAAUUACAGAAUUUCAAAAUUUAGACAAUGAAAAUAAUGUUGAUGAGCAAAUUCCUAGUGAAAUUUCCUAUGUACAGAAUUUCAAACAUAAUGAAGAAAAUGAAAAAUUUGACUUUAAUGAAAUAUGCAGCAAUAAUCAUUGUGUAAGUAAUGAUAAUGACUUAAUACUUAAUAAAUCUGGUCAAUCAUCUGGUGACAUUAUUUCUAAAAAGGUAGGAAUUGAAAGGAGUUCUGACAAUUCCAAUGUUGUGCAUUUAGAAGAAAUCCAGAAACAUACAUGUAAUCAUGUUACUUCAAAUGCAAAUUGUAUUGAAUCAACACUUUUGAAUAUAACUCAGGAACAGAAUGAAUUUGUGCCAGAAUCUUCUAAUAGCACUAUAGUUAAAAGUAAAAAAAGGAAAAAGUCAUCAAAAAAUUCUAAAUCUAAAAAUUGUAAACUUGAUACAGUUUCUGAAUUUAUGAGCUGUUUGGAAAGUGUAACAAAUGGUAAUAAAUUUCUAGAAAAAGUGCCAAAGAAUGCAUUUCUUAAUAACUCUAUUUCCUCUCAAGAAAUUUCUUUUGUUUCUGGUGAAGAUCAUGAAGUUUCUAUGAAAACUGUCACAGGACUCAAGGAUACUGAUGAUAAAAAUGGUACAGUUGAACAGAAAUUUAGUAAAAAUUCCAAUCUACCAGACUGUGGCUUUAGUAAGAGAAAUAAAGUAGCAGAAUUUGUGAAAAUAAAUGUUAAUAAUCAUUGUAAGAAUCUUGAAAAGAAGUUAGCUCUUAAUGAUCAUUCAGCUGGUGAUACUACUACUAAGAAAGAAGACGAAAGGACUACUACUAAGAAAGAACACGAAAGGAUGUCUGAAGUGCAUGAUUAUUCAGGAAACACAUAUUUCAAAGAAGUUCAGAGAAAAGCAAAUAGCACUUCAAAUUAUAAUAGUUGGUUAGAGAGUCAAAGAAUAGCAAUGAAAAUGAACAUAUACAAAAGCAUGAGAGAAAAAAUUAAAAAUCAUCGUGUUUUAAGUACAACAAAUUUAUUACAGAUAAAAGGGUAUGGAAACUGGGGUUUUUAAAUAAAAUAUAUAAAGAAAAUA